GAGAAGCGGCUGCAACGCCGAGCGGAGGAGGCAGGAACCCAAAGGCAAGCAGGGGCUGGGUGGGGACCAUGGCUGGGAUCACCACCAUCGAGGCGGUGAAGCGCAAGAUCCAGGUUCUGCAGCAGCAGGCCGAUGAUGCAGAGGAGAGGGCCGAGCGCCUCCAGCGGGAAGUGGAGGGAGAAAGGCGGGCCCGGGAACAGGCUGAGGCUGAGGUGGCCUCCUUGAACCGUAGGAUCCAGCUGGUUGAAGAGGAGCUGGACCGCGCUCAAGAGCGCCUGGCCACUGCCCUGCAAAAGCUGGAGGAAGCUGAGAAAGCUGCUGAUGAGAGUGAGAGAGGUAUGAAGGUUAUUGAAAACCGAGCCUUAAAAGAUGAAGAAAAAAUGGAACUCCAGGAAAUCCAACUCAAAGAAGCUAAGCACAUUGCAGAAGAGGCAGAUAGGAAGUAUGAAGAGGUGGCUCGUAAGUUGGUGAUUAUUGAGGGAGACUUGGAACGCACAGAGGAGCGAGCUGAGCUGGCAGAGUCCCGUUGCCGAGAGAUGGAUGAGCAGAUCAGACUGAUGGACCAGAACCUGAAGUGUCUGAGUGCUGCUGAAGAAAAGUACUCUCAAAAAGAAGACAAAUAUGAGGAAGAGAUAAAGAUUCUCACUGAUAAACUCAAGGAGGCAGAGACCCGUGCUAAGUUUGCUGAGAGAUCGGUAGCCAAGCUGGAAAAGACAAUUGAUGAUUUGGAAGAUAAACUGAAAUGCACCAAAGAGGAGCACCUCUGUACACAAAGGACGCUGGACCAGACUCUGCUUGACCUGAAUGAGAUGUAGAGCACACCCCAGUCCCAUCCUGCCGCUGCUCCUCCCUCUGACCCCGACUCCGCUGAGGCCAGCCUGCCCGAAGCUGACCUUUAAACUGAGGGCUGAUCUUUAACUGGAAGGCUGCUUUCUCCUUUCGCCACCUCUCCCACCCCCACCCCUGUGUCCUUUUCGCCAAACUGUCUCUGCCUCUCCCCAGAGAGUCCAUUUGGGCUAGAGGCUGAGCAC